AUGAAAUUGAUUUUAUUAGUGGCAUUUUUCGCAAUUUCCGGUGCUGCGCAAGAGUGCGGCGAUUCUAGUUGGCGAUAUUUUCCCACAACAAAUUCUUGCUAUAAAUUGAUCAGCGAGAAUUUGCCAUGGACAAUUGCCGAAUUCAAAUGUUUGUUCCAAGGUGCACAUCACGUCUCAAUUGAUAGCUAUGAAGAAAAUCAGUUUGUCCACGAACUUUCUCGAUACUCUGAGAUUUGGACAGGCGCUGCAUUCUUCGGUAGAGAUAUGAGAUAUGUGAACUCAGAUGGAACACGUUAUGGUGGAUUUGAAAACUGGCAAAGUGGUGUGAAACCACCAUUGAAUAAAGCAAGAAGAUGUAUUAAAAUGGACGAAAAUGGUGAAUGGUUCCAAUCAUGCUGCAAGAAGAAGACUUUCACAAUCUGUGAAAAGGUAGGUCAAAUUAAUCAUCUCAUCUUAUCAAAUUAAUUAACUUCUUCUUAUUUUCCAGAAAGCUACAUCAUCCUUAUAUAGCAACAAUUUGCGUGCAUUGAGACACCGUGCCUAA